GUUCGGAGUCGCACAAUUAUGAAAAAGCUACCUUCCGCUGGAGCUGGAGCGGUGGCACAUUCCUCCAACGUCAACCGAGCUUUCCUGCCAGGGCUAACCGGGGGCACCGCCGAUAGAUGGCUAAAGGCCACGGAGCAGCUCUUCCUGAGUCUGAACGGUGAAGAGAAUGUCCCAGAAAUCCUGGAUAGAAAACACCUUCACCAAGAGGGAAUGUGUGUAUAUACUUCCGGUUUCAAAAGACCCUCACAGAUGCCUUCCAGGAUGCCAGAUUUGCCAGCAGCUCGUGCGGUGCUGCUGUGGGCGGCUGGUCCGACAGCACGCGGGCUUCACGGCCAGCCUGGCCAUGAAGUACUCCGAUGUGAAACUGGGUGAGAACGAGAUGCCGGAGCUGGAGGAGUGGUCGGUGGAGAAGCACACGGAAGAGAGCCCCACAGAUGCUUACGGCAUCAUCAACUUCCAGGGCGGAUCCCAUUCUUACAGAGCCAAGUAUGCGCGACUCUCCUACGACUCCAAACCAGAAAUGGUUCUGCGUCUCUUGCUGAAAGAAUGGCAGAUGGAGCUUCCGAAAAUUGUCAUCUCCGUGCACGGUGGCAUCCAGAACUUUGACCUGCACCCCCGCAUCAAGCAGGUCAUUGGGAAGGGUCUCAUUAAAGCAGCAGUAACGACUGGAGCCUGGAUUUUAACUGGAGGAGUCAACACAGGUGUGGCGAAACAUGUCGGGGAUGCUCUCAAAGAGCACAGUUCCAGAUCCUCGCGGAAGAUUUGCACUAUUGGAAUAGCUCCCUGGGGAGUGAUUGAAAACAGAAAUGACCUCAUCGGAAGAGACGUGAUCGCCCCGUACCAGACACUGCUAAACCCCCUGAGCAAGCUGAACGUCUUGAAUAACCUCCAUUCACAUUUCAUCCUGGUGGACGAUGGGACGGUGGGAAAAUACGGAGCAGAGGUGAAGCUGCGCCGGGAGCUGGAAAAACACAUCAACCUCCAGAGGAUCCAUGCUAGGAUCGGGCAGGGGGUUCCGGUGGUGGCGCUGAUCUUCGAAGGCGGGCCCAAUGUGGUCCUCACGGUGCUGGAGUACUUGCAGGAGAGCCCUCCCGUGCCCGUGGUCGUGUGUGAAGGAACAGGCCGGGCUGCAGACAUCCUCGCCUAUGUCCACAAGCAGACUGAGGACGGAGGAGGCCUUCCUGAUGGUAUUGAAAGUGACAUCAUUUCAACCAUCAAAAAAACCUUCAACUUCAGUCAGAGUGAAGCUGUGCACCUGUUCCAGGCACUGAUGGAAUGUAUGAAGAGCAAAGAACUGAUAACAGUCUUUCACAUUGGGUCGGAGGACAGCCAGGACAUUGAUGUUGCAAUAUUAAAAGCACUGUUGAAAGGCACCAAUGCAUCUGCGUUUGACCAGCUGGUCCUCACGCUGGCCUGGGAUCGAGUGGACAUCGCUAAGAACCACGUGUUUGUCUACGGGCAGCAGUGGCUGGUGGGGUCGCUGGAGCAGGCCAUGCUGGACGCCCUGGUGAUGGACCGAGUGGAUUUUGUCAAGCUCCUCAUUGAGAACGGCGUCAGCAUGCACAAGUUCCUCACCAUCCCCCGUCUGGAAGAGCUCUACAACACGAAACAACCUCCAACAAAUCCCACUCUGUUUCACCUUGUGCGAGAUGUAAAACAGGGUAAUCUCCCCCCAGAUUACAAAGUCACGCUCAUUGAUGUGGGUCUGGUCAUUGAGUACCUCAUGGGUGGCACCUACAGAUGCAACUAUACUAGAAAGCGUUUUCGGAUUGUUUACAACAACCUCCAUGGAAACAACAGGCGGUCUGGGCGGCAUUCCACUUCAAGCAGCGGGUCUCAGCUGCGAAGGAAUCACGAGCCGUUCACUAUCAGAGCAGACAAGAAGGAGAAGACCAGGCACAAUCACUUCAUUAAGACUGCGCAGCCUUACAAGCCCAAGCCUGAAUCGUCAACUGAGCAGUCGAAGAAGAAGAGCAAAGAGGAGAUUGUCGACAUUGACGACCCCGAGACCCGGCGCUUUCCCUACCCUUUCAACGAGCUGCUGGUGUGGGCCGUGCUCAUGAAGAGGCAGAAGAUGUCCCUCUUCUUCUGGCAGCACGGGGAGGAGUCCAUGGCCAAGGCCCUGGUGGCCAGCAAGCUGUGCCGUUCGAUGGCCUACGAAGCCAAGAAGAGCGACGUCGUGGAUGACACAUCCGAGGAGCUCAAGGAGUAUUCAAAUGAGUUUGGCACACUGGCUGUGGACCUGCUGGAGCAGUCCUUUAGACAGGAUGAGACGAUGGCGAUGAAGCUGCUAACCUACGAGCUGAAGAACUGGAGUAACUCGACGUGCCUUAAGCUGGCUGUGUCCUCCAGGCUGCGGCCUUUCGUGGCUCACACCUGUACCCAGAUGCUGCUGUCAGACAUGUGGAUGGGCAGGCUGAACAUGAGAAAGAAUUCCUGGUAUAAGGUCAUUUUAAGUAUUUUAGUCCCACCUGCCAUUCUUCUGCUGGAGUACAAGACAAAAGCAGAGAUGUCUCACAUCCCUCAGUCACAGGAUGCUCAUCAAAUGACCAUGGAGGACAGUGAGCACAACCUUCAGAACCCCUCUGAGGACAUUCAGAUGGACGUGUUCAGGGAAGUAAGGAUCAAUGACAACAUCGAGGUGAAGAAAGAAACAGAAGUUCAUGUGAGGCCAAGGAGGCUGCCGAUCACCAGGAAAUUCUACGCUUUCUAUCACGCUCCCAUUGUGAAGUUCUGGUUCAACACGCUGGCCUAUCUGGGAUUCUUGAUGCUGUACACAUAUGUGGUUCUGGUGAAAAUGCCAGAGUGGCCUUCUCCACAAGAGUGGAUCGUCAUCUGUUACAUAUUUACAUCUGCCAUUGAGAAGAUACGUGAGAUAUUUAUGUCUGAAGCUGGGAAGAUAGGGCAGAAGAUAAAAGUUUGGUUCACCGACUAUUUCAACAUCUCAGACACCCUUGCAAUCGUCACCUUCUUUGUUGGAUUUGGACUGAGGUUCGGAAGUGGCAGUGUCAUGAUUGCUGGAAGAAUAGUGUAUUGCCUUAAUAUAAUAUUCUGGUAUGUGCGGCUUCUAGACAUCUUGGCUGUAAAUCAGCAAGCUGGACCCUACGUGAUGAUGAUUGGCAAAAUGGUGGCCAACAUGUUUUACAUCGUUGUGAUCAUGGCAGUGGUGUUGCUGAGUUUCGGCGUUCCCAGGAAGGCUAUCCUAUACCCUGAAGAGGAGCCAUCGUGGACCUUGGCGAAGGAUGUCGUCUUUCAGCCCUAUUGGAUGAUGUAUGGUGAAGUGUAUGCUUAUGAGAUCGAUGCUUGUGCAAACAAUAGUGAAGUAAAGCACCUUUGUCAAGCUGGAGUAUGGAUUACACCGUUCCUACAAGCAGUCUACCUCUUUGUUCAGUACAUUCUCAUGGUCAAUCUGCUCAUUGCCUUCUUCAACAAUGUUUAUUUGCAAGUGAAGGCCAUUUCCAAUCUAGUUUGGAAGUACCAGCGGUACCACUUCAUCAUGGCAUAUCACGAGAAACCUGUUCUUCCUCCUCCUCUGAUCUUCUUCAGUCACCUGGUCUCCUUGUUCUCUGGCAUUUGUAGGAAGAGGAAGAAGGGCCGUGGGACAUAUGGACCAAAACUCUUUCUGACAGAAGAAGACCAAAAGAAACUCCAUGACUUUGAAGAGCAAUGUGUAGAAUCAUACUUUCAUGAAAAAGAUGACCAGUUUCACUCGGGAAGUGAAGAAAGAAUUAGGGUCACCUCAGACAGGGUUGAAAACAUGUCCAUCCAGCUGAAGGAAGUCGGCAACAGGGUGAACUUUAUCAAGCGGUCCCUGAACUCCCUGGACUCUCAGAUCGGACACCUCCAGGACCUGUCGGCUCUCACCGUGGACACUCUGAAAGCCCUCACCGCGCAGAGAGCCUCCGAAGCCAGCAAAGUCCACAACGAGAUCACCAGGGAGCUCAGCGUUUCGAAGAACCUGGGACCAAACCUUAUGGACAUCAGUUCGCAGAAAUCCUCUGUGUUCGUGAAGCGCAGCAUAGGGGCGUACUUUGGGUCGUCCUUUGCGCAAGGUCCAGGGACGAUCGCAGACUCCCUGUUUGGUGUGGGGGCACAGACUGAGCGGCAGCCGGACACGGGCGGCCAGGGGCACGGCAAGGACCUCAUCCCGAGUCCGGACAGGAAAACUGCAAACAUUCCAGAGGCGGGCGCCUCAGGCAGUGCCUUACUCCGAAGUGCCACACCCCCUCCUGAGCUGCGGCUCAGGGGCCAUCCCGUCGCCGAGAGGCAGCUGUCCCACCCGGAUAACGCAAAGCGAGCCGAUUCCCCAAACACCUCGCCCAAAGUUUCCUCCCCAACUGCAAAGUUUUUUGUAAGCACCCCGUCCCAGCCCGGUGGCUGUAGCCCCCAAGAGCCUUCUGCUGAAGGGCGACAAGCUUCCCCACCCGAGAGCUCUGGUGUUGAAUUUGGGGCAUUUGUUGGACACAAAGAUAGCCCUGACCUACAGAAACCUACAAAAGAUGACACUACCAAAGUCAGUCAUAUGUCACCAUCCAAGGGGACGAGAGACGUGAGUCAUCCUGAGGGCCACAUGAGAGCAGUCAAUUCUUAUGCAGGAUUCACGGAGUUUGCCAGAAACCUUUCAGUACUCCACCCUGAAUCAUCGCUGAGCAGGAGUGGCAGAGAUCACAGCAGAGUGUCAGCUGAAGACAUUUGCUGCCACGAGGACCUGAAGGCUCCGGGGCUGCUGGAUAGAGUACAAGGAAAGUCAGCACAAGCCAGCAGUCUAAUUCCUGGGGAAGAAGCCUUAAACGCUACAUCAUGUCUCUACUCCUCUAGACAUGCACACCUCAGUGCCAGAAAAGACUCUGUUGGAUCUCCUUUCAAGCCAACUUUGGAUAUAAGUUAUCAAUAUUCAGCUGUGGAGCGAAAUAAUUUGAUGCGGUUAUCACAAAGCAUUCCAUUCACCCCAGUGCCGCCAAAAGGUGAGCCAGUCACUGUGUACCGUCUGGAGGAGAGCUCCCCCAACACCAUCAACAACAGCAUGUCGUCCUGGUCCCAGCGGGGGCUGUGCGCCAAGAUCGAGUUCCUCAGCAAGGAAGAGAUGGGAGGGGGCCUGCGGCGCGCCCUCAAGGUCAUGUGCACCUGGUCGGAGUAUGACAUCCUGAAACCAGGACACCUGUACAUAGUCAAGUCCUUCCUGCCAGAGGUCGUGAACACCUGGCAAAGUAUCUACAAGGAAGAUACUGUCCUGCAUCUCUGUCUCAGGGAAAUUCAGCAGCAAAGGGCAGCUCAGAAACUGACCUUUGCUUUUAACCAAAUGAAGCCGAAGACCAUUCCAUAUUCUCCCAGGUUUCUGGAGGUUUUCUUGCUGUACUGCCACUCUGCUGGCCAGUGGUUUGCUAUUGAGGAAUGCAUCACCGGGGAAUUCAGGAAGUUCAACAACAACAAUGGGGAUGAGAUAAUUCCAACCAACCUGCUGGAAGAAACGAUGCUUGCCUUCAGCCACUGGACUUAUGAAUACUCAAGAGGGGAGCUUCUGGUACUGGACUUGCAAGGUGUCGGGGAGAUCCUGACCGAUCCCUCAGUGAUAAAAAGUGGAGAGAAAGGGUCUUACGACAUGAUUUUUGGUCCAGCAAACCUGGGGGAUGAUGCAAUAAGAAACUUCCGAGCUAAACACCACUGUAAUUCCUGCUGCAGGAAACUCAAACUGCCAGAUCUAAAGAGGGAUGAUUAUACACCUGACAAGGUUACGUUACCCCAAGAUGACACACCUGAGAUUUCGAUUCAGCCUGGGAGCAGUACCAAAGAACAAAAGCACUCUAUUCGCCUGAUGCUGUAAGAGGAAUCGCCAGCUUUAGGAGGGAGAGGAAGUACCAUGCUUGUGUGCUUAGGGGUGGUGUGUAUCUGUACCUGGAGAAGGAAGGUGCAUGUGGAUAGUAUAUUUUUCCUAACAUUUAAAGUCUUGUUCAUGCACUGCAUGAUUUGAGCACAGUAAUCCCAGUCUCUAGAGCUGCAGGGUGGAUGAGAUAAAUAACGUGUGACUUUCUGCACUGUGGUCACAGACCCAAAUGUGACCGAUCACAGUCUGAUACUGCAAGCCUACAACAGGCAUGAUAUCAGGAAAUUGUUAGCUUCCACAUGUAGUAUGACCAGAUUUCCAAACGUGUAUUAACUAAAAGGUCUUCAGUAAUUUGUAUGGUAUGUAUGCGUUCAACCCAGGGCUGGUACGCUCUUGAGUCUCUUGGAUCUUCAGAACGGGACUGGAGACCAAGAAUUCCCGUUGUGUUAGAGAAGAAUUGACUAUGUGAUCAGCUAGUUAAAGUGUGGUUUAUUACAGUAAAACACGGGGAGAAAACUAAACUGAGGAAUUGUGAAGAGGCUCAGUCCUUGUGACCGCGAGUCCCUCUGCUCAGAUCCGGAAGGCCAGCAGCGUCUGUUCCUCCAAUUUAUGUCCUUGAUCAUCAAAGCAAUGGUAGUUACUGACGCUUACAUUCAUUUGACACAGAUACAGCUAGGUAAAACAAUAAAGGACUCCCUUUAGUAUAACAUUUACACACCUGGACACAGAGCGCAAAACUACAGUACUGUAUUUUACUCAAGAAGUGCAUGUGUUAAACUGGUACAGGAUUCCUGUAGCUUGAGCCAAACAGUGCUCAUCUAAAUUGUGCACAUCUAAAUGAUAUUCAGAUAUUACCUGAUAUAUAAUUUUUUAAUUAUUAUAAUUAAUAUUUAUUGUAGUUAUUAUCAAUGUAAAGCCUUUCAGUUAAUAUGCACAUCAUUAAGUCAAACUGCUAAAGCCUAACAGAUGAUAUUUUGUGCUGGCAGUCCAUGCACAUCUUAUCAGUUUUAGUUGGACACCUGUAGCCACAUCUGGGUCUGAGACUGCUGUUCUCUGAAAUAGUCCAGCUCCUGGCCACAGAGAGAUUUAGAGACAAGGUGCAAUUACAAAGAACCAUAAUGAUUUCACGUUAUGUAAAUGAGAAGAAGAUGGCUUUUAAGAUUUUUGAUAAGUUUUUGUUAAAUAAUGGUAUAUAAAGUGACUAUCAACUGGUACAAUCUCAUUGUAUAGAUGGUUAUGGUAUUUAUUAUCAAUUAUGAGAAGUUGCCUUGUACAAAAAACACAUUUUAAAAGCAGUCUUUAUUUUUGUUUUUUUGGUUGUGGCAGGUUUGUAAAAGAACCUAUUCAGAUUCAGACUCUGCAAGAAUUUAUCUAAAGCAGAAUGUGUAAUCAAGAUUUUUUUAUAAGUGUAAAGUCAUGUAGAAAAACCUGUAUUAUGUUAUUUGUGGUACAUACUUUAUAAAUACACAUGGAUUGAAAUCUUGUACAAAUGGGCAGAUUGCAAUGCAACUUUUUCAGUACAGUGUAUGUAAUUUAAUAGUCCUACAAUUUGUUGAACUCUCAAUAAUGAACUUUGUCCACCAAAAAUUGUUUUAAGGUGAGAGUUUUAUGUUACAAAAGCGGUACUAUUGUUGUUUUUAAAGUAUUGUAAGAGCAUAUUUUAAUCUAGUGUAUCUUAUAGAUACAGUUAUCUGGCACGAACAAAAUAGAUAAUGAAAUAGUAGGUUAUUUUAUGAAGGGGAAUUGUUGAACAUAUUAUGGGUACAGUACUGUAUAAAUUUUGUAUAUCACUUAAUCUAAUAAAAUAUAAAAUGUUGGAGUACCA